CCACACUGUUUUCCUCCCCGUCACCUUCCCAAGGCCCUUCUUUUCAUAACCGCCUUCCUUUUGUUUGUCACCAAUAUCGUAAUGCCUCGUUUCUUUGCUUUUUCUAAGUAUUCCCAUCAAUUUCAGACAACCCUGCCCCCAGCAGAACUCUAGUUUCUGUAUCAGAAAUCCGAAUGGCUGCAACAGAAGCAAAAGUAGCGGAAGUGAAAGAAGCAGAGGAACAGAUAAAGUCCCUCAUAUGCAAGGCAAGGCAUUGUUCAGUUGGCAUUAUGAUUCAUCCAUCUGUUAUAGUCAUUCAGUUCUCGAGUGUGUGUAUCAGGCUCUGAACUUUUUCCUUAUGCGUGUUCAACAGACCCACGUGUUGAAAGUCUCUAUUCACUGCGAAGGCUGCAAAAGGAAGGUGAAAAAAAUACUACGGAGUAUAGACGGCGUUUACAACAUAAACAUUGAUUUGAGGAAACAGAGAGUCGAGGUAACGGGGAACGUAGACAGCAAGACGCUGAUAAAGAAGCUAACAAAAUCAGGGAAGCAUGCAGAGUUGUGGCCUGAAAAGUCCAAUUCAAAAAAGAAAAAGGCAGGAAAAUCUGGCAACAAAGAGAAACAGGUCGACCCCGAGAGCAGAGAAGAUAGCAACCAAGCCUGCGACGACGAUGAAAGGGAAGGCGUCAAAGCUGUGGUCCAAGACACGGCCAAAAACGGCGAAGGGGCCAUCCCCAACCGAAACAGCGAAGGAUGCGGAGGUGUAACCGGAAAAAGCGGUGUUCAUUUUCAAGAACAAAAGGCUGAGCAGAAGCAAGUUGUGACAAUAUCGGCCGGUGACCAGCCACCACUGCCGGCGUUCAAUGAAAAUGAAGCAGGGAACGAGAGAAGUGGCGGUGGUAGUAAAAAGAAGAAAAAGAAGGGGCCAAAAGGUAAUAACAACAGAGCCGAGGACGGUGAACGUUAUGGCGAUGCACCGGCGAACCAGGCACAAGUUCAAGUCCUGGAAGCGGUUCCGAUUCCAAGCCCAGCCAAUCAGAACCCUCCAGGUCAGCAAACCCACCACCAGUACCCACCACGUUACUACUAUGCACCUCCAUUGUACACGGUGAACUAUCCCGCAGCAUAUCCCAGCAACAGCUACAGCACAGCGUAUUGUAGCUCCAAAGGAACGUAUUCGCACGCCCACAUACCUCCAGGCGACGAGAAGGGAAUGGAGCCUCCGCUGUACUACUCCGAGCAGCAGCCAUCGGAUUCUUUCGAGUUCCUCAGCGACGACAAUCCAAAUGGAUGCGCAGUAAUUUGAGUAUGACCAGAGAGCGCAGGGGAUGAUUUUGUAGGAACAAGCAGAUGCAGAAUAUGCGGAGUAGCUGCAGUACAUAUAGUUGGAGGUUUUUCUCAAGUUAGAGUUUCUGCUUUAAGCCUUGUAAUAUUUGCGACAUUUUCCUUUCCAGUUUGACUCACUCCAGUGCGUGUAUUUUGGUAAUUUAAAUUUUGCACUUUUUUAGGGAGAAUCUCA